AUGUUCCGCGCAAGAUUAAGGAUACCGCGCAUCAGCGUGGCCGCCCCCAUGGUGCGCCAGCAACGCUCGUUGCAUUACGUCCCCCAGCUCGCCCACGACUUCAGCCAGGGCGUUCCGGGCCUGCUCUCCGCCGACGGCUACGAUAUGGCCUGGACGCAGUAUAUGACGCUGAUGUUGGACAAGCUCAAUGCCCUGACAGCAGGAACCGACCUUGAGCAGCGCGACGUCAAGCAAAUCCUCCUUGCCACCGCCCGCGACCCCGACCAGGCCCCCAUCUUCAACCACGCCUCCAUGGCGCACAACACCCAUUUCUUCUUCAAGAACCUCACCCCGUCCCCGAAACCCAUCCCCGAGGCCCUGGCCGCCGACUUGUCCCACUCCUUCUCCUCAAUCGAGACCCUCCGUCGCGAGAUGGUCUUGACCGCCUCCGCCAUGUUCGGCCCCGGUUUCGUCUGGCUCGUCAAGGCCGGCCGCCAGGACUACCGCAUCCUUACGACCUACCUCGCCGGCAGCCCCUACCCCGGAGCCCACUGGCGCCUGCAAAGCUCCGACAUGAACACUGUCGGUCUCGGAGGUAGCGCGAACCAAUUCUUCCAGCGCAAUGCCGCUGCGCAGAGGACCGGCACCAAGCCCCCCGGUGCGCUGGACGCCGUUCCCCUGCUGUGCCUCAACACGUGGGAGCACACGUGGCUGCGCGACUACGGUCUCGGUGUUGGCGGCGUUGGCGGAAAGAAGGCCUUCGCCGAGGCGUGGUGGGAAGUGAUUGACUGGGAGGCCGUCCUGAACGCGGCGGAUAUCCCUAACCGCCCCAGCUUCGUGCGGUAA